AUCGUUCACGCACACAUCCGAUCCAAUUCUAUACAGGAGAUCAACAUCCCUUGUGAGAUGCGGCAAGAUAUUCUACAUCAAGUCUACCAUCAUCACAACUAUCGACACGAUGUCUUUUCUCAAGCCGUAACCUCUAUAUUAGAGUUGAUGCGUGCCAAUUCGUAUAUACCUUUUAUUCAACAAAAACAGCAGCAGCAGCAACAACAACAACAACGUCAUUUUUCA